CUGAGCAGUGGCAAACGCACGUUAGCCUGCCGCACUUGUUUCACUUGGCCGCAUGUCAUCGUCGUGGCCACCCGAGCGCUGUUGGUGCGGCAAGAAGAGAAGGGACCCAAGAAGGAGCUGCGGGCUUCUUUUCUCGGCCUGCGCAGCCCCGACCUCAAUUAGGGAAGAGUCAGGUCAGGAUCCCCUCGUUGUGGAUUGACAGCUACGACUCGGAUGGCUUCAGAGACAGGUGAAGCGACUCAAACAUGCCGUUAAGCGGCCGUUUCCAAAGCAUCUGAGCUUUCAAUAGAUCAGCAACCAUGAAGGUGGAUAGAAGCAAGUUAAAGAAAACCCCUACAGAAGCUCCUGCUGACUGUAGGAUACUUAUAGAGAAGCUCAAAGCAUGCAGCGAUGAUCAACUGCUCGUUGAAUUGCAGCACAUCAAGACCUGGAAUAUUGGCAAGUGCGAGUUGUACCACUGGGUGGAUCUGCUGGACCGCUUCGAUGGCAUUCUAUGUGAUGCAGGCCAGACAGUGGAGAAUAUGUCAUGGCUGCUGGUGUGUGACCGGCCGGACAACAGCCAGCUCAAAGCCCUGCUUUUGGCAGUGCUCAACUUCACAGCUUUGCUCAUUGAGUACAGCUUCUCCAGGCACCUUUACAGCUCCAUAGAGCACUUAACAACCUUACUGGCGUCAUGUGACAUGCAAGUGGUCCUGUCUGUGCUGAACCUCCUGUAUGUGUUCAGCAAGCGGUCAAACUACAUCACAAGACUAGGAUCCGACAAAAGAACACCUCUAUUGGCACGUCUGCAACAUCUGGCUGAGAGCUGGGGAGGAAAGGAAAAUGGCUUUGGCCUAGCAGAGUGCUGCAGAGAUCUCCUCAUGACGAAGUACCCUCCUAGUGCCACCACACUGCACUUUGAGUUUUAUGCCGAACCGGCUCCUGAGGUAAAAGUGGAGAGGAAGACAAGCAGCAACACACUACACUAUAUUCAUAUUGAGCAACUUGACAAGAUUUCAGACAGUCCAUCUGAGAUCAUGGAGUCGCUCACAGUCAUGUACAACAUACCGAAAGAUAAGCAGACACUGCUUUUCACACACAUUCGCUUGGCUCAUGGCUUUUCAAACCACAAAAAGAGGCUGCAGGCCGUGCAGGCCAGACUGCAUGCCAUCUCUAUACUGGUGUAUUCAAAUGCACUGGGCGAGUCCACCAAUAGUAUUCUGUAUAACGGCUUGAUAGAGGAGCUGGUGGAUGUAUUACAGAUAACAGACAAACAGCUUGUGGAUAUCAAGGCGGCAUCCCUGCGCACUUUAACCUCCAUUGUCCAUUUGGAGCGAACACCCAAGCUUUCCAACAUCAUUGACUGCACCGGCACUGCCUCCUACCAUGGCUUCUUGCCCGUGUUGGUGCGCAACUGUAUACAGGCAAUGAUUGAUCCUUUGAUGGAACCUUACCCACAUCAGUUUGCAACUGCAUUGUUUUCCUUCCUCUAUCAUUUGGCCAGCUACGAUGCUGGGGGUGAAGCCCUUGUCUCUUGUGGAAUGAUGGAAGCCCUUUUAAAGGUGAUCAAAUUUCUGGGAGAUGAGCAGGACCAGAUCACUUUUGUAACGAGAGCGGUUCGGGUCGUGGACCUCAUCACCAACCUUGACAUGGCUGCCUUCCAGUCACACAGCGGCCUUUCUAUUUUCAUCUGCAGACUAGAGCAUGAGGUGGACUUGUCAAGAAAAGAGUGCCCAUUCGUCAUUAAGCCAAAGAUCCGAAGGCCAAGGCCUGCUGUCGAGUCUGAAGACAUGGACACAGACAUGGAGACGUCUGAAGUUGCCAUGGAAAGCAGCCCUGGGCCAUCAGCGGCUUCUGCUUCCAGACCGGAAAUGGAGCAGAGAGCACUGAGCAGCACUGCAAACACGCCCCGUGCAGGCAUGCAGUGUAUUCCCCAAAGGGCAGCUCUGUUAAAGUCAAUGCUGAAUUUCCUGAAGAAAGCCAUCCAAGACCCUGCCUUCUCUGAUGGCAUCCGCCAUGUCAUGGAUGGAUCCUUGCCUACCUCACUCAAACACAUCAUCAGUAAUGCAGAAUACUAUGGACCCUCGCUGUUCCUUCUUGCAACCGAGGUUGUGACGGUGUUUGUGUUCCAGGAGCCAUCCUUGCUUUCCUCCCUGCAGGAUAAUGGUCUCACUGAUGUUAUGCUCCAUGCCCUUCUCAUCAAAGAUGUUCCUGCUACUCGUGAGGUCUUGGGAUCUCUCCCUAACGUGUUCAGUGCGUUGUGCCUGAAUGCCCGAGGGCUCCUGUCCUUUGUUCGGUGUCAGCCCUUUGAGCGCCUCUUCAAAGUGCUCUUGUCUCCUGACUACUUACCUGCCAUGCGACGGCGACGCAGUUCUGACCCAUUGGGGGACACUGCAUCAAAUUUGGGAAGUGCUGUAGAUGAGUUAAUGAGACAUCAACCAACUUUGAAGACAGAUGCCACUACUGCAAUCAUUAAGUUAUUGGAGGAGAUCUGCAAUUUGGGCCGAGCUCCAGAGUAUGUCUGCCAGAAACCGUCUAUCCAGAAAGCUGAUGGUACUGUGACUGUGCCACCAGCACGCUCCAGCCAUGCUGCCGAAGAAGCUUCAAGUGAGGAUGAAGAGGAAGAGGAGGCCCUCCACACAUUUAGCCAGCAGCAGGGGGAAGCAGAGAGCAACAGACAGUCAGUGCCACUUGAACUGGUGGUGGGAACUGAGGAGCGAAUACCUAUUCCUUUAAUGGAUUACAUUUUGAAUGUGAUGAAGUUUGUGGAAUCCAUACUUAGCAACAAUACGACGGAUGACCACUGUCAGGAGUUUGUGAACCAGAAGGGCCUGCUACCUCUGGUCUCUAUUCUGGGUUUGCCCAACCUGCCCAUAGAUUUUCCCACUUCAGCAGCCUGCCAAGCUGUUGCUGGUGUGUGCAAGUCCAUUUUGACACUCUCACAUGAGCCUAAAGUACUUCAGGAGGGAUUGUGCCAACUUGACACUAUUCUGACAUCUUUGGAGCCACUACAUCGACCAAUUGAGGUUCCUGGUGGAUCUGUUCUGCUGAGGGAGCUGGCUAAUGCUGGCCAUGUUACUGAUGCCACAUUGUCCGCUCGUGCCACACCCCUGCUACAUGCGCUUACUGCAGCGCACGCCUACAUCCUAAUGUUUGUCCACACUUGUCGCGUAGGACAGAGUGAGAUCAGGGCAAUCUCAGUCAAUCAGUGGGGAUCCCAAUUGGGUUUGACUGUUCUCAACAAGCUGAGUCAGCUCUACUGUUCACUGGUAUGGGAGAGUACUGUUCUGCUCUCCCUUUGCACACCUAACAGUCUGCCUCCAGGCUGUGAGUUUGGGCAAGCGGACAUGCAGAAACUCUUACCCAAAGACGAGAAACCCUCUAAUAGUGCUACGACAACCACAACACCUGGCUCCAGGAGAACAGAAUCUGACGUGGCGGAGACUUCUACUGGUGGAUUAUUGGAGGGCAUGGGUUUAGAUGGCGAUAGCUUGGCUCCCAUGGAGACAGACGAAAGCACCUCAACAGACACUAAGUCGAAGUCCAAGCUUACCCCUGCAAUGGCGACGCGCAUUAAACAAAUAAAACCCCUCCUCUCUGCGUCAUCUCGGUUGGGAAGGGCACUUGCUGAACUUUUUGGCCUGCUGGUGAAGUUGUGUGUCGGCUCUCCAGUACGUCAACGUCGUUCCCACCAUGCCACAAGCACAGGCACAACACCCACACCUGCAGCCCGAGCCACUGCUUCUGCUCUUACAAAGCUCCUCACUAAGGGUCUGAGUUGGCAGCCCCCACCCUAUACACCCACACCUCGCUUCAGGCUGACUUUCUUCAUCUGCUCUGUUGGCUUUACAUCUCCUAUGCUGUUUGAUGAGAGGAAGUACCCAUACCACCUCAUGCUGCAAAAGUUUUUCUGCUCUGGUGGACAUGAUGCCCUGUUUGAGACGUUUAACUGGGCCCUGUCAAUGGGUGGAAAGGUUCCUGUGUCUGAGGGUCUGGAGCAUACUGAAUUACCAGAUGGGACAGGAGAGUUUCUGGAUGCUUGGUUGAUGCUGGUGGAGAAGAUGGUAAAUCCGAGCACUGUGCUAGACUCUCCACAUUCACUGCCAGCAAAGAUGCCUGGGGUCACACCAACCACACCCCAGUUCAGUGCACUUCGGUUCCUCAUAGUAACCCAGAAGGCUGCGUUCAGCUGCAUCCGCAGCCUGUGGAAUAGGAAGCCGCUGAAAGUUUAUGGAGGCAGGAUGGCUGAAUCCAUGCUGGCCAUCCUUUGCCACAUCCUGCGGGGGGAGCCAGUUAUCCAGGAGCGCCUGGCCAAGGAGAGAGAGGGCACAACACGUCCAGAUGAUGAGGGGGCUCCUUCUUCUUCCCUGGGAACAAAUGCAGCCCCUGGUGUAGCUACAAUCAGCGGAGAGACGGCAGCAGCCACGCCCCCAACUGCUGGAGUGCCACCUGGCGGAUCAGCUGAGGAGUCAACCAAUUCCACUCCAAGACGUGACCCCCAGAUUAACCAGGCACAGCUUACACAGCUGAUGGAUAUGGGUUUCUCAAGAGAGCACGCCAUGGAGGCCUUAUUGAACACAAGUACCAUGGAGCAAGCCACAGAAUAUCUUCUGACGCAUCCCCCUCCUCACCUUGGGGGAGCAGUAAGGGAUCUUUCCAUGUCUGAAGAGGACCAAAUGAUGAGAGCAAUUGCGAUGUCACUUGGCCAGGAAGUCAGCAUGGAGCAACGUUCCGACUCCCCUGAGGAAGCAGCACGUCGGCGCGAGGAGGAGGACAGGAGAGCCAGGGAGCGAGCGGAGGAGGAGGAGGCACGCUGUUUGGAGCGCUUCAUGGAGGCUGAACCCCUGGACCCGCAAGAGCUGCAUGCCUUCACAGACUCUAUGCUCCCUGGAUGCUUCCACCUUCUGGAUGAGCUGCCUGACACGGUCUACCGGCUCUGUGACCUGUUGAUGACUGCCAUCAAGCGGAGUGGCCCUGAGUACAGAGACCUCAUCCUUGGCCAGGUCGUCGAUCAGGUGUGGGAUGCAGCGGACGUGUUGAUCAAGGCAGCUGUGCCUCUCACUACAAGUGAUACGAAGACUGUGUCUGAAUGGACUAAACAAAUGGCCACACUACCCCAGGCAUCAAAGCUGGCCACUCGCAUUCUGCUGCUCACGUUGUUAUUUGAGGAACUGAAGCUCAUGUGUACCACAGUGGUCGAAAAGAGUGGCAUUCUGGAUUUGUUGAUUAAGCUGCUUGAAGUGGUACAGCCCUGUCUGCAGGCAGCAAAAGAACAGAAAGACAUACAGACACCAAAGUGGAUUACACCAGUCUUGUUGAUUAUUGACUUUUAUGAGAAAAUGGCAGUAUCUUCAAAGCGCAGAUCACAAAUGAACAAGUAUCUUCAGCCGAAUGGGAAUAACUGGAGAUGGUUUGAUGACCGCUCAGGCCGUUGGUGUAGUUACAGCGCUUCCAACAACAGCACUAUUGACUCUGCAUGGAGGGCUGGGGAGAGCAGUGUUCGCUUCACAGCUGGACGCAGGCGAUACACAGUUCAGUUUAACAACAUGGUGCAGGUAAAUGAAGAGACUGGUAACCGGAGGCCAGUGAUGUUGACUGUUCAGAGACUUCCACGCUUGGCCAAACCAGCCAAAACCAGCUGCGUAACAGACUCUGAGAGAGAAGACGGAGACCGGUGCAAAGCCGAAGAAACUCAGGCUGACCUUGACAUUGGGGUGGCAGUGGAAAUGAGUGCCCCCAAGGAUGUUUCCAGCCAUCUUAAGGAGGUGACCUCUGGCUCCGCAUCUUCCCAGGAGUCGGACUCUUUGCAAGGCUCGGACAUCAUCGGCCUGAGUGACGACAUGACCACCGUUCUCAUCCGCGCUUGUGUCAGCAUGAUUAGUGUCCCGGUGGACCCAGACACCCUCCAUGCUACACUGCGACUCUGUUUGCGUUUGACGCGAAAUCACCACUAUGCCAUGAUGUUUGCUGAGCUGAAGAGCACCCGAAUGAUUCUUGGACUCACACAAACCUCUGGUUUCAAUGGCUUCACACCUCUUGUUACCCUGCUCUUCAGACACAUUAUUGAAGAUCCAGCUACUCUUCGGCAUACUAUGGAAAAGGUGGUGAGAUCCGCAGUGACCAGUGGAGCAGGUAGCACCACCUCAGGAGUGGUGUCAGGCAGCCUUGGUUCAAGGGAAAUUAAUUAUAUCUUGCGUGUCCUUGGCCCGGCUGCCUGUCGUAACCCAGAGUGCUUUGCGGAAACUGCCAGCAAUUGUGUCCGCAUUGCUCUCCCUGCACCCCGUGGAGCUGGCACAGCCUCUGAUGACGAGUUUGAAAACCUUCGUAUUAAGGGGCCAAAUGCCGUGCAGCUGGUGAAAACGACUCCUCUGAAAUUGUCCCCACUACCUUCUAUUCCGGAAACUAUCAAGGAGGUCAUAUAUGAUAUGCUCAACGCCUUGGCAGCGUAUCAUGCGCCAGAAGAACCUGAGCGUCCAGAAGAACGUGUUGCAGCUGUUCCUGGUAGCCAAGACCUUUGCCAGAUUUUGCAGGAUGUCGGUGAUGAUGUUUACCAACAGUACCGUCUCACUCGACAGGGCAGCGACUUUGACUCCCAGUCUGCAUUCCAUAUCAAUACUCAAGUUUUUGCUGCGGAUGGAGGUGUGGCAGAGUCGCCCCAGUCUGGCACACCGCAAGGAGAAGCCUCUACACCUGAAGAAAUGCGGGAGGAAAAAAAGGAGCAGGAGGGAGAUAAAAGCAGCAGCUCAGAGGAGGCAAAAGCUGCAAAGGUAAAGGCAAGCAAACCCCUCAUGCCUACCUCCACCAUCCUGAGACUGCUGGCUGAACUGGUGCGCUCCUAUGUUGGCAUUGCCACCCUAAUAGCCUCUUACUGCUACACUGCAGGACAGUCAGAGCUUAUUAAAGAGGAUUGCAGUGUGUUAGCUUUUGUGCUCGACCACUUGCUACCUCACACCCAAAAUUCAGAGGACAAGGACACCCCAGCAUUGGCCCGUCUUUUCCUUGCUAGCCUAGCAGCCGCUGGCACUGGCACCGAUGCUCAGGCUGCUUUGGUUAAUGAGGUGAAGGCUGCCCUUAGUCGAGCCUUAGGAAUGACAGAAGGUGCUGAAAAACAUGCUAGGCUUCAGGCAGUUAUGUGCAUAAUCAGCACCAUCAUGGAAUCAUGUCCCUCCACGUCCAGUUUCUAUAGCACAGCAGCAGCCAAGACGCAACACAAUGGCAUGAAUAAUAUCAUACGGCUAUUUCUUAAGAAAGGACUGGUCAGCGACUUGGCCCGUGUGCCUCACAGCUUGGAUUUGUCAAGCCCCAACAUGGCCAACACAGUGAAUGCUGCCCUUAAGCCUCUGGAGACUCUGUCUCGCAUUGUUAAUCAGCCCAGCAACUUGUUUGGGAGUAAAGGAUGUUCCAACAAGAACAAGACCGAACAUGACACAGCGGGUGCUGCAAGGGAUAGCAACAGCAACACGCAAGAUCAAGGAGAAUCUGGGGAAGCGGAACCAGUUGAGGGCAACCACAGGGUGCAGGGAGCAGACAGUGACUUGAUGGAUGGAGAAACAGAGGGUGAUACGGUGGUCAUUGCUGGUCAACCAGAGGUUCUCAGCACGCAGGCUAUGCAGGUGGAGAAUGAGUUGGUGGAUCUGAUUGAUGAGCUACUCGAGAGAGAUGGCGGUACUGUCAAUAGUACAAUCAUAGUCGGGCAAAGUGCUGAGGAUGAAUCUCAAGAAGAUGUGCUGAUGGAAGAGGCCCCCUCCAAUAUUAGCCAGGCAUCCACUCUUCAGGCAAACCGAGAAGAUUCUAUGAAUAUCCUGGAACCAGAGGAUGAGGAGCACACACAAGAGGAAGACUCUAGUGGCAGCAAUGAUGAUGAUGACAGCCAGGAUGAAGAGGAGGAAGAGGAGGAGGACGAGGAAGAGGAUCCGGAUGAUGAGGAAGGAGAUGAGGAUGAUGAUGACGAAGGUUCAGAGAUGGAGUUGGAUGAGGAUUUCCCUGACAUCAAUGCUGCGCCUCAUAUCCGCUUUGAAAGAUUUGACAGAGAUGAUGACCUCAUCAUCGAGUUUGACAACAUGUUCUCCAACAAUGCAGCUGACAUCCCUCCAUCGCCAGGCAACAUCCCGAGCUCCCACCCGCUUAUGGUGCGCCACGCUGACCACGGUUCCCUCACCCUAGGCGUAGCAGGCACAAGCAGCCGCCUGGCACAAGGCAUGGGCCGCAGCCAGCGGACGCUUAGGCAGCUCACUGCCAACAGUGGGCACACCAUCCACGUCCACUACCCUGGAAACCGCCAGCCCAACCCUCCACUAAUCCUGCAGAGAUUGCUGGGCCCCAGUGCUGCUGCAGACAUUUUACAGCUGUCCAGCUCUCUGCCUCUGCAAUCUCGUGGUCGAGCUCGUCUUUUGGUCGGAAAUGAGGAUGUCCACAUCAUUGCUCGUUCCGAUGACGAAUUUGACGACUUCUUCCAUGAGCAGAGCAGCACGGGGGGUCAAGCGGGCACCCUCUCAAGCAUUCCUACCGCCUUAACGAGAUGGACGGAUGAGUGUAAAGUGCUGGAUGCUGAAAGCAUGCACGAUUGUGUCGCAGUUGUGAAGGUGCCAAUCCUGCAGCAUCUGGAAGGUCUGCGAGAUGAGGAGUUAGAAGAGCGGAGGGAGAAGCGGAGGCGCCAGCUGGCUGAGGAGGAAGAGACCAAGCAAAACGAGCGGAGGGCCUCUGGAGCAGAGCAGACCCGGGAACAGAGCUUGCAGGGUUCUGGAUUGGGGACAAUUAAUGGCGCAGAAAACACUGCAGAGGGUGAGCAGUCUCAAGGAGGUGCAGUAUCUUGUCUGGACCCACCCAGACUGUCAGAAGGCUUCCUCACUGCUCCCCCUUCUGGAGAGGUUACUCCCACUACCCCAGCUCCCCAUGAACAGGCCCUAGUUUCCUUGGAAACUGCAAUUAAUCAACAGGUCCACCAACCGAUAGCUGGCCUGCUGUUGGCCGAGUCGCAUGCCGGCUCAUUGGCGGCUCUGGCAGGCCUGCCGCCCUUGUCUGCAAGUGACAGGCCUAGUAGUGAAGCAGAAGCAUCUCAGAUGGAAAUGUCCCCAGCACCCACAAUCGGUGAGAGAGCCGUAGGAGGUGGUGGUGGUGGUGGAGAAUUGUUGGAAGAAGGCAGGGAAGCCUCAAGCCCGGAUAUGGUGGAGACCUCAGAACCUCCUGUAGUGGGUGUGUCACGAUUGGAAGGGUCACCAAUGGACACCAGCAGCCCUGCUUCUGCCACACAAGAUGAAGCUGUUUCCAACCCUGCCCAGACUGUCCUUGUGUCUCAGGACCUGUCUGGCGGUGGGGAGAGUGAAUUGACCAACAGGCAGACCAAUGCAGAGUCAGACUCCACUUCGGUUUCAUCUGCUGUUGAAGCAAUAAUCAGGAGUGACAGUGCUGACAGCCAAUCCCAGGCUAUCCAAGAUCCUCUCCCAUCCACAAGCAAUGAGGAAGAAGACCCACUUGCAGGAAUCAGUCUUCCUGAGGGUGUUGAUCCAUCUUUCCUGGCAGCUCUUCCUGAGGACAUUCGAAGAGAAGUGCUUCAAAAUCAAUUGGGAAUAAGACCACCAUCACGCUCAGCUGCUGCUACCAGCCUGCCGCCUUCUACUGCGCCUGUACUCACAGGGCCUGGGGUUACGGAGGUUAGCCCUGAGUUCCUGGCUGCGUUGCCACCUGCCAUACAGGAGGAGGUCCUUGCCCAGCAACGAGCCGAGCAGCAGCGCAGGGAGGUUUCCCAACAACCCACACAGGGAGAUACACCUCUGGACCCAGUUACCUUCAUCCAGACGCUGCCCUCUGAGCUGCGACGUAGUGUGCUCGAAGACAUGGAGGACAGCGUGUUGGCUGUAAUGCCACCUGACAUCGCAGCUGAAGCGGCAGCCCUGCGCCGAGAGCAAGAGGCACGGCAAAGGCAACUGAUGCAUGAGAGGCUCUUUGGUCACAGUUCAACAUCGGCGCUCUCAGCCAUCCUGCGCUCGCCAGCAUUCACCAGUCGCUUAGGGAGCAAUCGUGGCGUCCAGUACACUCGACUGGCUGUGCAGAGAGGAGGCACAUUUCAGAUGGGUGGUGGCUCUAACCAUAGACCAUCCAGUUCCAGUGUGGAUUCUUUGCUGCGUUUGCGUGGCCGUUUGCUGCUGGAUCACGAGGCCUUGUCCUGUCUGCUGGUGUUGCUAUUUGUGGAUGAACCGAAGCUCAACACCAGCCGUCUACACCGUGUGCUCAGGAAUCUUUGCUACCACUCUCAGACACGUGGGUGGGUCAUUCGCAGUCUGUUGUCUAUCCUCCAACGCAGUAGUGAGAGCGAGGUGUGUGUGGAGACCUCACGCCUUGAAGAUUCUCGUGGGAAAAGGAGCUCCCAUGGAGGAUGCGGGGCAAAAGGUUCAGCUACCUCCUCCCUCUGCUCUUCGUCCUCCCUCGAGCUACUAAACAGAGUGGAGUCUCGUAGUUCCAGCCAGCUUUCUUGGCUCUCUGUGUCCAUGGAUGCGGCCUUGGGCUGUCGGACUAACAUUUUCCAGAUCCAACGGGUAUCUGGUAGAAAACAUGCUGACCGCCACUCAGCUACUGGUUCCUCAGCAUCUGGAACCCUGGGAGGUGGUGUGUCAGGAGCUGCUGCAGGGGUCACAUGUGCGGGAGGCGGAGGCUCCACAGUACACAUCCACCCGCAAGCUGCGCCUGUAGUCUGUCGACAUGUGCUAGACACUCUCAUCCAACUAGCAAAGGUGUUCCCCAGCCACUUCACCCAGCAGCGUUGUAAGGAUCUCUCCGUGUCAUCCUCUGACCUCGAGGCCCGUCUUUGUUCAAGCUCCUCAGGCGUAGGUGGUAUGGGUGGAGGGUUGAGGUCUAGUUCCCAGGCUCAAAACAACCCCAACGCCAAUGCUUCCAGUGCACAGAACGCUUUUGGCUCCUCAAACAUCACACCCCAGUCUCUGGGAAUUUCCACUGAUUUUUGGGAUCUGCUUGUAAAGCUGGACAACAUGAAUGUCAGUCGCAAAGGAAAAGCCUCAAUGAAGACCGUGCCUUUAGGGGGCAACGCAGAGGCUGAGGGACUCCAGUUAAGCCUAGAAACCUCCCCUCUUGGUCAGUUGAUGAACAUGCUGUCCCAUCCUGUAAUCAGGCGAAGCUCCUUGCUCACUGAAAAGCUGCUGCGUCUGCUCUCCCUCAUAUCCAUUGCCCUGCCUGACAUCAAGGCCACAGAGGUACCUGCUGGCCACGCUACUCCACAGUCAGCCAACCCUAAUCCGAUAAUUAGCUCAGGAUCGACCGCCUCGGUCACUACACAGGGCACAGCAGCAUCAAACAUCCAGCCCGCUGCAGUGGGCACAGUGGCCUCUGGGGCAUCUGGGACCCAGAGCACCUCCUCAGGGACGAGUCUGUUAAUGUUUGCAACUUCCACACCAUUACCAACAUCCACUGGAGCAGUUUUCACAGCAAAAACCAAGAGCUCUUCGAUUAACAUGGAAAGUGACAAGAUUGCUACGGCUGGACUUACAGAGAAACAGCUUCAGCUGUCAGUGGAGGUGUUGACUUCUCAUUCGUGCUCAGAGGAGGGUCUGGAAGACGCAGCUAAUAUUUUACUUCAGUUAUCCAGAGGAGACGGUUCCACCAGAGACACUGUGCUCAGACUGCUGCUCAGUGGAGCAAGACACCUUGGUUAUACCCUUUGCAAACAGAUUGGUACACUAUUGGCUGAACUUCGAGAGUACAACUUGGAGCAGCAGAGACGAGCACAUGCAGAUUCUCAUUCCCCCGAUGCACCCCCUGAUGACUCUUCCAUCUCUGCCAGACUGAAGGGCAAAAUGACCAGCAGGUUUGAUGGAGCGGAAAGUGUUGUGAUUGUGGCUGCACAGAAGCGCACGCUUGGCGGACGAGAACUGCAACUCCCCUGUAUGAGCUCACUAACCUCCAAGACAUCGACACAGAAAUUUUUCCUGCGAGUGUUGCAGGUCAUUAUCCAGCUACGUGAGGACACACGCCGUGCCAACAAGAAAGCUAAACAGACUGGGCGAAUAGGCUCAUCCAGCCUGGGCUCAGCCAGCAGCAUUCAGGCUGCCGUCCGUCAACUGGAGGCAGAGGCUGAUGCCAUCAUCCAGAUGGUGAGAGAGGGUCAGCGGGCCCGCCGGCUCACACAGGCACCACCACCCACUUCCGCCUCGGCCGCCGUCACCGCCGGAUCAUCAGUCGCAGCAUCUCAUGCCCCCGCUGGUGCUGCCCCCCCUGCUGGCACAGCUGCUGCUGCCACGUCCGAAAUGCAGACGGUCUCAGAGGCCCAGGGAGCUCAACGAGAUGACAUGCCGAUGGAUGUUGACCAGCCAUCUUUGGAGCUGGACUCUUCAACUCUGGAUGAAGAAGCAAAUGGCCAGUCCGAGAGUGAAGAGAAAGUCCCUGACCUCCCUCUGCUCAGCGAACAGCUCCUGCUGGAUGAGCUGUGGGACAUGCUCGGGGAAUGCUUGAAAGAGCUGGAAGAGUCCCAUGACCAGCAUGCUGUAUUGGUUCUGCAGCCUGCUGUGGAGGCGUUCUUCCUUGUACACGCCACCGAGCGAGAGAGCAAACCCCCUGUUCGGGACACUCGGGAGAGCCAGCUUUCUCACAUCAAGGAUGAACCGCCGCCACUGUCCCCAGCGCCGCUCACACCCGCAACACCCUCUUCCCUUGACCCGUUCUUCUCCCGGGAACCUUCCUCCAUGCACAUCUCUUCAAACUUGCCACCAGACACCCAGAAGUUUCUUCGAUUUGCCGAAACUCACCGCACAGUACUCAACCAGAUCCUGCGCCAGUCCACCACCCAUUUGGCUGAUGGACCCUUUGCUGUCUUGGUUGAUUACAUACGUAUCCUGGACUUUGACGUGAAGCGGAAGUAUUUCCGCCAGGAGCUUGAACGCCUUGAUGAAGGUCUGAGGAAAGAGGACAUGGCAGUGCAUGUGAGAAGAGAUCAUGUGUUUGAGGACUCGUACAGAGAGCUGCAUCGCAAGAGCCCAGAGGACAUGAAGAACAGGCUGUACAUUGUCUUUGAAGGAGAAGAGGGCCAGGAUGCCGGCGGCCUUCUGAGGGAAUGGUAUAUGAUCAUCUCUCGAGAGAUGUUUAACCCCAUGUACGCUCUGUUCCGCACGUCGCCCGGAGAUAGGGUCACCUACACCAUCAAUCCCUCGUCCCACUGCAACCCCAACCACCUGAGCUACUUCAAGUUUGUGGGCCGGGUGGUGGCCAAAGCCGUUUAUGAUAACCGGUUAUUGGAGUGCUACUUCACGCGUAGCUUCUACAAGCACAUCUUGGGCAAGAGUGUCAGGUACACUGACAUGGAGAGCGAGGACUACCCCUUCUUCCAGGGUUUGGUGUACUUGUUGGAGAAUGACGUGUCCACGUUAGGCUAUGAACUCACAUUCAGCACAGAGGUCCAAGAGUUUGGUGUUUGCGAAGUGAGAGACCUCAAGCCAAAUGGCGCAAACAUUCUGGUCACAGAAGAAAACAAAAAAGAAUAUGUGCACCUGGUUUGCCAGAUGAAGAUGACAGGUGCGAUCCGCAAGCAGCUGGCCGCUUUCCUGGAAGGCUUCUAUGAGAUCAUCCCCAAGAGGCUGAUCUCCAUCUUCACCGAGCAGGAGCUGGAGCUGCUCAUCUCUGGCCUGCCCACCAUCGAUAUUGAUGACCUCAAGGCCAACACUGAGUACCACAAGUACCAGUCCAGCUCCAUCCAGAUCCAGUGGUUCUGGAGGGCCUUGCGUUCCUUCGACCAAGCGGACCGAGCCAAGUUCUUACAGUUUGUCACUGGCACGUCCAAAGUUCCCCUUCAGGGUUUCGCUGCUCUGGAGGGCAUGAACGGCAUCCAGAAGUUCCAAAUCCACCGCGACGAUCGCUCCACUGACCGCCUGCCCUCCGCUCACACUUGUUUCAACCAGCUGGACCUCCCUGCCUACGAGAGUUACGAGAAGUUGAGACACAUGCUGCUGCUGGCCAUCCAGGAGUGUUCUGAGGGAUUCGGGCUGGCUUAAUUAACGAGACUCUUUAAAACGAGCGCACACAAACACACACCAGAUUUAGAUCUGACUACAAAAGUUACAGGUUUGAAUACACACAGACACACACCCUACACAGAUAAUACUGGAUUACCUGUAAAAUGGCCCAGAGUUUCUGGUUUCAAGUCCAUACAGAACAGAUUAAACCAUCCAGUCAAAUGGUUUGAUGAACAUUCAAUACCACAUGCAGAGUCUCAACGUGAUCUCGACACAACACGUGCGCACGCUUGUGGGCCCCUCCCCAUUUAAACGGAAAGGGCAAAGGCCUAAGACGUGGACUAAUAUAAGAGACAUUUUCUUCAUCUAGAUUGAUUUUUUUUUUCUGUACAAAAGGUUUGGGAGUUUAUUGUUUCAAUGUUUUUUUUUGUUUCUCUGGCUGUGUAAAAAGAAAAAAGAAUGUGUGAACAGGAUGGUUAUAAAACCUUUGGGGAAACACGUUGGUGGUUUCUUGUUGCAAAUUUUUGACCUCACAAGCCUUUUUUUUUUGUGGGGGUGUAUGAAUAACUUGAGAAAUUCACAAAAAUGCACUUUUCAAAAACAUUUUGUGGCAUUUUUAAGGAAGGAUGGUACACUUGAAGCGAAAACCUGAAGGAGAUUUAAAAAAAAAAACAAUUAACCAUAAAUUCUAGAGUAUUUUUGACUAUUCAAUUGCUGACUCAGCCUUGAGCCUUUGAAUCCGAUUGGAAUAGCGACAUGAAUAAAUGCAUAAAAUUG